CUCAUCUGUCUGGCAACUUCUUUAGCUUUUGCUAUUAGAAAUCUAUCGAGCAAUCGAUAAGCCGCCGGCGUAAAUAGCUGUAUAAGUGCAUUACUGCUUUCAAUACCCGUUCGUAAAACUUUAUUUGUGUCUGAAAAACAUCCGAAAAAUGCCAAAAGCGGCGUCAUCUUCGGGUGCGGAAGCUCAAGGCAGUCGCAAAAAGCCCAAGAGCCCAACUAACGGUACAGCUAAAGCCAAGAAAACUCCCAAAUCGUCAGAUAUCAAUACGGACGAUGUCGAUAUGCUACUUAAUCCAAGCUCCAAUCUAUCCAAACAGCAGAAAGAAAGGCUUAAAAUGUUGGAGGACUACGUGACCACCGAAUUCGAGCGAGCUGGCGAAUCAGAUGGAGAAUCUAGCCCAUCUUCACCGGAAGAAGCCACAUCUACGAAGGGCAAAUCGAAGGCAGCCAGGCCCACGGAUCGUAAAAGGCGUCAUCAAGCUGAGGUUUCACCACCAGCAGAUGGCAAUAAUAAUAAAGCUCCUAAGGUGGCCAAGGAAUCCGCCCAAGGAGCCACCGCAGCCAAUCGCAAACAACGCCGUAGUCAGGGAUUGGAAAAGACUUCGCCAAUUCAGGUGAAUGGAGAGGCUCUGGCAUGUCCUUUGGUGCGAAAAUCCCUGCCAGCAGCUAAGAGUGGAGCCUCGGGGUCUUCCAAUAAGUCCCCAGUCCGUAGUGGUCCAGCCAAAUCUUGUCCUCUACCAGAAAAACGGAAAUCAUUGCCGGCUGGAGCUGCCAACUCUUGUCCACAGCCACCCAAAAAAGACAAUCCUGCCAAAAGCCCAAAAAUUAAACGGGAAGUGCCAGAAGACGAGGACGGUAGCAAUCAAGUGAAGCAAACAACCUUGCCAAUAGAAAUUCACAAAGCCGACAGCAUCGACGAGGGUCUCCGGAUUCUGAAGUGGAUCAUCAAUCCCGUUAAAACAGAUCAUUUUUUCAACGACUUUUGGGAGAAGAACGCCUGCCUGGUGCAGCGUAAGAACCCUAAGUACUACAGCGAUCUCAUAUCCUUCAAGAUGAUAGAUGAAAUGCUGAUUCGCCAUCGUCUGGACUUCACCAUCAACCUGGAUGUAACCAGCUAUAAGAAUGGCAAGCGUGAAACUCUAAAUCCCGAGGGCAGGGCAACUCCACCAACUGUUUGGGCCUUGUACUCCGAGGGCUGCAGCAUUCGUAUACUGAAUCCAUCAACAUAUCUGCCGGGAUUGCGGCAGGUAUGCAGCAUACUGCAGGAGUUCUUCCAUUGCUUGGUCGGGGCAAAUGUCUACUUGACGCCACCAAAUAGCCAAGGUUUUGCCCCACAUUACGAUGAUAUUGAGGCCUUCGUUGUCCAAGUGGAGGGACGCAAGCGCUGGCGUUUGUAUGAGCCGCCCAAGAAAUCGGAUCAGCUGGCCAGAUUCUCAUCGGGCAAUUAUGAUCAAGAGGAGUUGGGCGAGCCUUUGCUUGAUGAAGUCCUUGAAGCCGGCGAUGUUCUAUAUUUCCCCAGAGGCACCGUCCAUCAGGCCAUUACCGAGGAAGAACAGCACUCGUUGCACAUCACCUUGAGUGUGUAUCAACAGCAGGCCUAUGCCAAUCUUCUCGAGAAACUUGUACCCAUUGUUCUUAAGAAGGCCGUGGAAAAUAAUCUUUCAUUACGUCUCGGCUUGCCGCUGCAAACUUUUCAUGUUUUGGGCGAGGCACAGAAAUCCAAUAAAAGCAAAACUCGCGAUCAACUGGUGGAGAAUGUCCAGAUGAUGGUGGCUAAAUAUUUGAAGCCCACUGCUGAUGAUAUUGAUCAAGCUGUAGAUCAGAUGGCCAAAAAGUUCCAGCACGAGGCAUUGCCACCGACCCUUUUGCCAGAAGAGAAGAUUCGCACUGUCUUCGGAUCCCGGAAUAGCACUGACGAACAGGGUAACUGCAUCUGGGAUUACGAGUUCGAUAGCAAGACAUCGGUGCGUUUGCUGCGCGCCAAUAUCCUGCGUCUCGUGACUGAGGAAGAUGGCAGCGUGAGGAUCUAUCAUCAUAUUGAUAAUGCCCUUGAGUACUGCAAAUACGAGCCCAUUUUCAUGGAGAUCCUACCCGAGGAAGUGCCUGCCGUUGAACUGCUCAUAUCUGCCUAUCCAUUUUACCUCGAAGUCAACCAGUUGCCAUUGGAAACGACGGCUCGAAAAGUGGAAGUAGUCACUGCGCUGUGGGAAAAGGGUCUUCUAAUGACCGAGAAGCCAUUUAAGGUGUAAAAUCAAGAGGAGAUAGCUGGAGAUCAUUAGGAGUUUAGAGUAUUACAAAAUGUUAGGAAUUCUAUGAGAAAUUUCAAAAGAUCUUUAAGGUGUUUGAGCAGAAAUCUAAUAUAAUAUGUAAGAGUCAAUUCAAAAUCCAAAAUAAGAAAAUCCAAAGGAAACCAAAAGCAUGUCGUAGAGUUCACCUCCAAGCUCAAGUCACCUAUAAGUCCCAUGGAUUUGUUUUUUUUUUGUUUGUAAUCCAAGCUGGAAAACCAUUCACAUAUGUAAUAUAUAUAUCGUUUUGUUUAAA